AUGGACUUCGAGAUCUUGAUCGUCGGAGCUGGCAUAUUCGGUAUAAGCACAGCUUAUCAUUUAGCCAAACAAUCCUCAAACCCAUCUAGCAUUGCAAUUCUUGACAGGGCCCCUCCACCGUCAGGUGAUGCGGCGUCAACGGAUGUCAACAAAAUUGUACGCGCAGAUUAUUCCAGCCCACUCUAUAUGGAAUUAGCAUUUGAAGCGAUCGAUGCCUGGAAAAAUGACCCCCUUUUUGCAAAUACAGAUGUCUAUCAUCAGUCCGGUUGGAUCGCGCUUAAUGAACGUGGAGACAAGGUUGUUGACAAAAUUCGCGACAACUUCAAGAUGAGCGGUCGCGCGGACCCCACGAGAGAUAUGACCGAAGACGAGAUACGCGGCAGCUGGGGCGGCGUUCUGAAGGAUGCAGAUAUGAGUUCCUUUGACUCUUACUACUUCAAUCCGUCUGCUGGGUGGGCUGAUGCCGGUGCCGCUGUGGAAAUCAUGGCAAAAGAGGCCAUUCGCUUGGGUGUCCGAUAUCAUGUGGGCGAGGCCAGUCGUCUUAUACUGGAUGUAAAUGGAGUCAAGGGGGUUCAGAUAAGUACUGGCGAGUUGUACACCGCUAAGAAAAUCGUGCUAGCUACAGGAGCAUGGACAAGCCAACUGAUGUCUUCAACUGAAGAUGAUCUCAAAAUUUCCGAAAAGGGUAGAAUUGAAAGUCAGCUUACGGCUGCAGGCGUAUGUGUUGCGCAUUUCCAGUUAUCGGAUGCAGAACGCACGCCAUAUGACCAGCUCCCUGUAUAUGUGUAUGGUGAAGAAGGUACCCACCCAUUAGGGGAAACCUUUCCGCCAACGGCUUCGGGCCUACUUAAAUUCACCAAUACGGCCUCAUUCAAAAAUAGCGUCCAGACCAGCGGCGGCCACACCAUCUCGGUACCACCCCCGACCGAUCAACGGGCCGUCCCUGAGAAACUACGUCAAGAGUUGAUCAAAUCCAUCAGGGGCCGUUUACCUCAGCUGUUCGAAAAUGAUCGGCAGGUCGAUUACUAUCGAUUGUGUUGGGAUGCGAUAACACCAGAACAACAUCCCUUAAUCACACGACAUCCGCAUGGACAGCUGUCAAAUCUGUAUCUGGCAGUCGGAGGAUCUUUUCAUUGCUGGAAAUUCCUUCCUACAAUAGGUCGUUAUGUGGCCAAUGCUAUUUGUGGCGUUAGUAACGGCCCUGAUCGUGACUGUGCAUGGAAGUGGAAGGAAGGUGAACAGGGGUAUGGGGUCCAUCAGAGUCUCAUUCCGGAUAGAGAACUCAAAGGUUACCAGAUUUGA